CAUUUACGUAUCUACUUAACACGCGUUCUUUGUCGACGUUAGUUGCAUUUCGGUAUAGUGUCAGAUAGGAUCGUGAUCUCGAAUUUAUCGUGCGGAGUGCGAUGAUUACUGUUCAGAUAUCGUCUCUGGGUUGACUAAAAAGCGACAGUCCCCGGGAAGAGAGUUACUCGAAAGUCGUUACGUCCAGGUCUUAUCUUCAUUAUCUAAAUACUGUUUCGAACGAUUGUCGUUCUGUUUGGCGAGUGCUAAUGCACAUAAAUCUUUACUGGUUUUACAGAAACAAUUGUUUUUCAUUCUCAAUUCACAGAACAUGUGGUGAUCGUAUCACGCGUGUCAACGAGGAAAAUACGUUCGAAACAUGACUGUGAAUCCAGGGUUCGAGAGUAACGAGUUAAACAUGGUCGAGUCGGUUUACCUGCCAGACGAAUCGAUGAAAGAGAGCAAGGGAAGACCAGCCGGUGGCAUUCAAGCAGUUUACGACGCAACUGACAAUUUUAUGUCUAAACAUCGUAAAUUCGUUAAGUUCGUCUUGUUGACGCUCCUAAAUCUCGCUGUAUUAAUUUAUUUCGUUUUCGCAACGAUGUACUGGAAACGCUAUAAUAAUGAUUUUUACGAUUGGUGCCACGGUUACGGGCUGUUAAUCAUCCUGUUAACGCUCGUUUAUGGCGGGAUACUUUACCGAGUCGUUUCGAAACGAUUCCUCGGAAAAUUACUCGAUAAGUGCAUUCAACCAUGCAGCGAUGCCGCUAAAAGUGUUCAAAAAGCGAAAUAUGGAUUUAUCGUCAAAGCUGCGAUUUACAUUUGCGCAUUCGUUGUGAUUAUCGUAUUUCUGAUCAUCGACACUGCCGAGUCGAGGGAGAGGCUGAUGAGCGGUAUUGGAGUGAUCACGUUAAUAAGCUUCGGGUGGAUAUUUUCUAAAUACCCUGGCCACAUUAAUUGGAGGCCUGUUUUAUGCGGUUUGCUCAUGCAAUUUGUUUUUGGCUUUUUGACAAUCCGGUGGCCCGUGGGUCGAGCGAUCUUGAAAUGUGUCGCCGGGAAAGUGGAAACUUUUCUGAACUUCGCCAAGAGCGGCGCGAUCUUCACCUUCGGCGAUCAGCUAGUCAACGACGGAAUCUUCGCUUUUUCUGCUUUACCCGUGAUCUUCUACUUCAGCUUCUUCAUCCAAAUCUUCUAUUACUUAGGCGUGAUGCAAUGGCUUAUAUUUAACUUGGGCAGACUUCUGCAGGGUCUGUUGUCUACUUCUAUCUGCGAGUCGGUUACUUGCGCCGGUAACAUUUUCCUCGGCAUGUCAGAAUCUCCGUUAGUGAUUAAACCCUAUUUGAACAAAAUGACCACAUCGGAGCUGCACACGGUUAUGUGUUCGGGUUUUGCGACGGUCUCAGGGACUGUUUUGGCGGCGUAUAUUAAGUUCGGCGCGAACCCGGCGCACCUGAUUACAGCCACUCUGAUGGCUGCGCCUGCGGCUCUCUGUUUCUCCAAAUUAUUUUAUCCGGAAACCGAGAAGAUCACGGUCACGGCUGAACAUGUUAAACUUGUGAAAUCAGAAGACACCAGCUUGAUAGACGCUGCCAGCAAGGGCGCCGUUGCGGCGAUACCCUUGAUCUUAGGCAUAAUCGCGAAUAUAGUCGCUUUCGUAUCCUUCAUUGCCCUCAUCAAUUCUCUACUGUCUUGGAUAGGUUUAUUAGUCGGCUAUGAGGCUUUGUCUUUCGAACUUAUCUUAUCAAAAGUAUUCAUGCCGUUGAGUUGGAUCAUGGGCGUGCCAUGGGAGAAAUGCGAGGACGUGGGAACUCUCAUAGGUUUGAAGACCGUAGUUAACGAGUUCGUCGCCUAUCAAAAGUUGGGCGAAUUUAAAAAGCAGAAUAGAAUUUCUGGUAGGACGGAGGCCAUCGCCACUUUCGCUAUUUGCGGUUUCGCGAAUCCCGGUUCUGUGGGCAUCAUGCUGAGCAUGUUGAUUGAACUGGCGCCUGAUAAGAAAGAAAACGUGUCGAGUGCUGUUGUGAGAGCUUUCAUUGCUGGCAAUGCCGUUUGCUUCCUCACCGCCAGCUUCGUUGGAUUACUAAUGCCGAACGAUUAUAUUACGGAAAACUCGACGAUGAUAUUAAAUACAACUGCCAGCUGAUUGUCUUUAACAUUAUUAUCGAACUCUACUCAUUGAAGUACGAAUCGAGUUAGGAAAAUUUUGUAAGAUGGAGAGGAAGAGAUGGUUUUAGGAGCAAUAACUUUGACUAAUAUUGUCUGUGUACUUUAGUUUAAUUUUAUUGUGUAAAUAAGUGGUAAGAAGGUAAUAUUUAACAUUUUCCGCACUAGGUUCUCAUUGAUAUUAUCAUAUAUACAAUACUGUAAGUAGUGGACGAAUAUAAUGAAAUACUACGCUAGUGCAUUUUUGUACAUUUUCUAGCAAGUAAAUAUGGUCGAUUGUAUAUAAUAAUAUAAUGUAUAUAAUAACAAAAAUAU